ACUGACUGUUCUUUCAUUAUCCUUCACUCAAGUUUAUAACUCCGUCCUUUUUUAUAAUUCUUGUUUUAUUUAAUAGAGCAUAAACUAAAAUUUUCACUUUAAACAUUUUUAUUUCCCAUUCAUUCAUCUCUUCUUUUCUUCUUUUUUUUACAUUCACUUUCAUUCAUUCAUCUAUUCACAACAAACACUCCCUCUCUAACCCAGCCAUCACCAUGUCGGACGCAGUGAUCGACACUCUCGACAUCGCCAUCUUGGGUGCAGUGCUUGUGGGCUCUGGCAUCUAUUGGUUCAAGGAUAAGCUGAUGGGAUCAGGUUCCUCAAAGCCUCUGUCAAAACAACCCCUUGUGCCAUUACAAAAGCCCAAUGCCCCUGCUCUCAAGAUUAACAAAGUCGUAAAGAAGACUCGAGACUUUGUUGAAAAGAUGAAAGAAACGGACAAGACCGUUAUCUUUUUUUAUGGAUCACAAACUGGAACUGCCGAAGAUUAUGCUUCUCGCUUGGCUAAGGAAGGAACUCAACGCUAUAACCUCAAGACCAUGACUGCUGACUUGGAAGACUAUGAUAUGAACCUGUUGGAUACCCUGCCCUCUGAUCAUCUUGCUGUAUUUGUUCUUGCUACUUAUGGUGAAGGUGAACCUACUGAUAACGCUGUUGAAUUUUGGGAGCAUUUGGUCGCUGGCGAGGAUGUUCCCGAGUUCUCGAUUGGUAACUAUGAUGAUGAUGAGAAGCCUCUUACCAACUUGCACUUUGUUAUCUUUGGACUCGGUAACAAGACCUAUGAACACUACAACACUGUCGGCAGACGUGUUGAUGAGAAACUUCGGAAACUCGGUGCUACCCGCAUUGGUGAGCGUGGAGAGGGCGAUGAUGAUGGCUCAUUAGAGGAGGACUUCUUGAGCUGGAAGGAUGACAUGUGGAAGGCCGUCUGUGACUUUAUGGGCAUCGAUUUCUUGGCUGGCAACUCUGGACCUCGUCAGGCUACUUACAAGAUUCAAGAAUACACUAAUGAAGAGGCUGCUGGCCUAACAAAGAUUUACUAUGGUGAACAUCAAGAACCCAAGCUUAUGCUCGGCUCUCGUCCUACCUAUGACGCCAAGAAUCCUUACGCUGCACCUAUCGCCGUCUCUCGUGAAUUGUUUUCUGCUACUGCUGACCGUCACUGCUUGCACAUGGAGAUCGACAUUUCUGGGUCUGGCAUCACCUACCAGACUGGUGAUCACAUUGCUGUCUGGCCCAUUAAUGCUGAGCUAGAAGUCGAGAAGUUGGCAAGGAUCCUGGGUUUGACCAACAAGCUUGAUACCGUCAUUACUGUUUCUAAUGUUGAUCCUGCCUCUACCAAGCUGCCCUUCCCUGUCCCUACAACCUAUCGUGCUAUUCUUCGCAACUAUAUCGAUAUCACUGCUCCCCCUUCGCGUGCCUUCAUUGGUCAAUUGACGCCUUUUGCCCCAAAUGAGGAAUCAAGCAAGACUUUUGCUCUCUGGGGUUCUGAUAAAGAGGCCUUCCGUAUCAACGUUGCUGACGCCCGUCGCAGCCUGGGCGCUGUUUUGGAGAAAAUUCUAGGACCUGGUCAGACUAUUGAAAUUCCUUUUGAUUUGGUGAUUGAAUCAGUCCCACGUCUUCAGGCUCGUUACUAUUCGAUUUCAUCAUCACCCAAGGCUCAUCCUACGACAAUUCACUUGACUGCAGUUGUUUUGGAUUAUAAGCCUAUUGUCGCACCUGAAGAGACUGUCUAUGGUUUAGCUACAAACUUUUUGCACAAUUGUCACGCACAUAUCAACAAGAGUGGUGCUAUUGAACCAAAGUAUGAAAUCUCUGGACCUCAAGGAUCGCAUCUGAUUGGUGAGAGUGGUGUCAAGGUUCUUGUCCAUGUCCGUCACUCCAACUUCAAGUUGCCCCGUAAUGCUUCGCUGCCUGUAGUCAUGGUCGGUCCCGGUACAGGAGUCGCACCCUUCCGAGGUUUUAUUCAGGAUCGUGCACAGGAUGUGAAGAAUGGUAAAACAGUUGGUCCCACAGUUUUGUUCUUUGGAUGCCGUCGUGAGGAUGAAGAUUAUAUGUACAAGGAUGAAUGGCCCGAGCUGAUGAAGGAUAUUGAAGGAGCCCAGAUAAUCACGGCUUUGUCGCGUCAACCAGGCUUGCCCAAGGUCUAUGUCCAACAGAAGAUGGAAGAACAUAAGGAACUUGUCUGGGAUUUGAUCCACAACAAGGGAGGCUACUUCUAUGUCUGUGGAGAUGCCAAGAACAUGGCUCGUGAAGUGAACCAAAAGUUGAUCAACAUUGCUAUGGAAUGCGGUGAGAUGACGGAAGAGAAGGCUACAACCUAUGUCAAGGAGUUACGUGCACGUGGUCGCUACGAGGAGGAUGUCUGGUCAUAAAGUCAAUGCAUAAUAUAUCCUCUAUAGCAUAUGUGUCCUGUUUUCUCUCUCU